AUGGGGGAAUGGACCAUCCUAGAGAGACUACUGGAGGCUGCCGUCCAGCAGCACUCUACUAUGAUAGGAAGGAUCCUACUGACAGUGGUGGUGAUCUUCCGGAUUCUAAUCGUAGCCAUAGUUGGAGAGACGGUUUAUGACGACGAGCAGACCAUGUUUAUCUGCAACACCUUACAACCGGGCUGCAACCAGGCGUGCUACGACAAGGCAUUCCCCAUAUCGCAUAUCAGAUAUUGGGUCUUUCAGAUCAUCAUGGUGUGCACACCGAGCCUUUGCUUCAUUACAUAUUCGGUGCACCAGUCUGCCAAGCAACGGGAGAGGCGCUACUCCACCGUCUUCCUGACAGUGGAUAAGGAUCCACAGCAAGACUCCAUGAAACGCGACGACAGCAAAAAGAACAAAAACACAAUCAUGAAUGGAGUACUUCAGAACACCGAGAACUCUACAAAGGAAGGCGAGCCCGACUGUUUGGAGGUCAAGGAGAUCCCAAAUACCACCACCAAGAGACCUAAGUCCAAAUUGAGGCGGGAGGAAGGGAUCUCCAGGUUCUAUAUCAUUCAAGUGGUCUUCAGGAACGCGCUGGAAAUUGGGUUUUUGGUGGGUCAAUAUUUCCUGUACGGAUUCAACGUGCCAGCCGUGUAUGAGUGUGAUCGAUACCCCUGCAUAAAAGAUGUGGAGUGCUAUGUCUCCAGACCCACGGAGAAGACCGUCUUUCUGGUCUUCAUGUUCGCCGUCAGUGGCUUUUGCGUGGUCCUCAACCUGGCCGAACUCAAUCACCUGGGCUGGAGGAAAAUCAAAACGGCCGUCAGAGGUGUACAGGCCCGCAGGAAGUCCAUUUAUGAGAUCAGAAAUAAGGACUUGCCUAGAAUGAGUAUGCCUAAUUUCGGCCGCACGCAAUCAAGUGACUCUGCCUAUGUGUAGCGCCACCCGAGGGUGCACACUGUACAGAGAGAAAAACAUAUAAGAUAUUAUAAUGAAGUUGAAAAAAGAGACGGAAUGGCCGAUUCCGCUGGCCGUAUGCCGUGUCCUGAGUUCAGUGAGUGGGUAGAUUUUUAUUUGAUAGUCUUUUAAGGACUCAGUGACGAGCGUGUCUCUCACGUUUGUCAAUUCGUUAUAUUCUAUUGCACUGAUGCAACUUUUUAGCAACGUUUAUACUCUGUAAAGCGCUACGCAGGGGGCAUACAGAUGUGUCGACGUAUUUACUCCAGUCGGGGUGGCUUCUCUCCCUACUGGAAAGAGUAAAUGCGGUUUGCACUAUACACGAGCCGAAAUCCGGGAAGCAAAAUUUACCCGUGACGUGUUGUUCAUAAUGGUGUUUUUAAAAAAACAUUUUCCACCAAUUUUUUGACACCAUCGUGUUUAGGCGACACCACAGAAAAAAACAGGUUGACCAAGAUUAAUGGAAAUCUUAACCACAGAUUUAUAUACACGUGGCUGUAUAAAUCAAGCCGACUAUGGAUCGACCUAGUUAAAAAAUACAAUAGCUCCAUACAUGUUUCUUUCUUUCUUUUUUCGUUGCCUGUGUUUGCACCACUGACCUUAACGUAUGUAACCAUUCCAUUGCUAUAUAGCUGACUUGCAGAAGAGUAGGGGAGAGGGUGGAUUUGCUGCAAACGCUUAACGUCUGUGAUCUUAAUUUAAAAUACACCAAAGCGCCCACUGCUUUCAUUUGUGAGAAGUAUUUUCUUGCUUUCGUGUGAUCAAGUGCCAUACUUGUACAUAAAC